AUGGAUUAUGAGAAAUCUUUGUUGAACGAAAUCAACUUGCUCAUCUCCUGGUGGGUUUCUUUGAAUGCAGUGGUCGUCGAAGAAGCUGCGGAAGUUUCGGAAUCGCACAUUGUGUGCUGUCUAUCUCCUGAUUGCGAGCAUCUGAUCCUGAUCGGAGAUCAUCAACUGCUGAGGCCAUCAACCACCGCAUACCAACUUGGUACGAACUUUGGAAUAGAUGUUUCAAUGUUUGAAAGAAUGUUGAAGAACCAUAUGCCUCACGAGCGUCUGACCCAACAGCGCAGGAUGCAACCAAAUAUUUCUAAUAUGCUCAAGCUGCAUGUUUAUGAAGAUCUGCAAGACCAUUCAAGUGUCGCGAUUGACGAUGAUAUUUUUGGUCUUGCCAAAAACGUAUUUUUCGUCACACGCAACUCCAAGGAGGUUUUAGAUGAAGGCCUGGAGAACAAGACGAAAAUGGUGCUGGAAGCCGAGUUUUUAUUGGCUUUUUGCAGGUACCUUCUCUUGCAAGGAUACCAGCAUGAACAAAUUCUUAUUCUGACGACGUGUUCAGAACAGCUACACAUCUUCAAGAAGUUCAUCACCAGCAGCUUCCCAACGUGUGCAAAGGUUCGAAUCACAUCCACCGAGGAUUACGAAGGCGAGGAGAGUGAUAUUAUCCUUCUGUCACUUAUGACGAGGGUCAAGUUGAAAGGCAGUAGCAGCUCUUCAAAGACUGACAGUCAAGAUGUCGCUGCCAUUUCACGUGCCAGAAAAGGACUAUUCAUGAUUGGAAACAUGGAUGUGCUGAGUUCUGGAAGCGAAAUUUGGAGAAAGAUUGAGCAAUUCUUGUUGAAAGAGAAUCAGAUUGGAAGAGCGCUCCCACUACGAUGUCAAAACCACCCUGAUGAGGUUGUGUUCAUUCUUGAACCUAAUAAAUUUCCCGUCAGUGGAGGUUGCGAUAGA